AUUCUGUUGUGUUGCACUCGUCAUUCCUAGCACAAAGCCCCUUGCUGCACUAGCAUUUGGGUUUUCCUUCCAAAGAAACAUAAUUGAAUUAAGCGUAAACAUUAAAAUGUCUAACAGCAAUACAGACACGGGUGACACAACUGUAACGACCACAACUAGCGCCACUGUACAGGAUUACAAUCCGAAUGCUGUCGAUGGUGAGGUACUGGAACCGCGUGAGUCGCUGAUAACCACAGCUGUUAGCUUUUUACAAAACACGAAGGUUCGCCACACAACACUCGUCCAGAAGCAGCAAUUUCUGAGGUCCAAAGGUCUAACUGCGCAUGAGAUACAAUUGGCUUGUGAGAGAGCCGGUGUCUUUACCCAAGAUCCAAACAAUCCCAAUACUGUCAUAAAUAUUGGCUCUCAACUGGCGGUGCAGCCACAACAAACAGCUUUCGGCAGACUUCGGGAAAUUCUGCACACGGCUGCGGUAUUUAGCGGAUUCGUCUAUGCCCUUUACUUAUUCUGGCGCAAAUUCAUUGCACCAUUUCUAUUUGGCAAGCCAAAGAAGAAACCCGUUGAAGAGGCUUUGGCAGAUAUUGACAAAAAAGUGGAAGUACGCACCGAUGCACUUAACAACGAAAUCACAUUGGUUAAGGACAUGAUUACGCUGCAACAGAAGGAGCAGACCCAACAUAUGACUCGCGAAUUCAACAAUUUUCGCUGUGACUUGGAUGCUAUUAAGGGGCUGUUGCUGAAUCGUAAACAAUUUCCGGGCCCCGUACAGCCCAUAGCAGUGCCCUCGAUACCUGCCUGGCAGUUGGCUAGCUCGCCCCAUCACCAUCGCCAUAGCAACAAUAGUCAGUCGGAUGACAACGAUAAGCCCGAUGAUGCUGGCUCCGGUUCCGGCUCAUCCGAAACGGAGGUGGUUACCAAAAACAGUGAUUCUAGCUUAGAGAUCAUGUAAUGACUAUGAAGAAAAGGCUUUUCAUAUAUAGCUGAUGUAGUCUGGCUAUAUAUACAUAUUAAUAGAUUUUGUAUAUGAAAUAUUUGAUGCUUUAGUUAUAACCAGUGUACAUUGAAUGAAUAUCAGAUAGACGGUUUGCAUAUUUAGUAGUAUUCAGGUUUAAUUUUUCAAAGGCUAAUAUCCAUAUCCAUAAUUGCUACCAAAAGAUAAAAUA